GCCACCGCCGCCGCCGCUGCCGCCUCCUCCCCGCGGCUCCGUCUGCCGCCUCCGCCGCCGCCGCAGCCCGGCUCCGGGGCUGACAAGCAGGUGACAGAGGAGCCGGCGCGCGUGGCUGCGAGUGCCCGGGAGAACGCGGCGCGGACUGCAGCCGCCCGGGCCCGCCCUCACGACGCCGGGGCCCGGGGCCAGCGCGUCGCCCCUCCGCGCUCGCCUGGGACACGCCGGCGGCCCCAGCCACAGCCCCAUCCCCGCGGGGGCCGCACCUCCCCGGCUCCCGGGCCGUCUCGGCGGCGGUGAGCGGGCGGGCGGGCGGGCAAGCAUCCUGGCCGGCGGGGCCCGCAGCGUGCCCCGCGUCUCAUGGAUAUAGCAACAGGUCCCGAGUCGCUGGAGAGGUGCUUUCCCCGCGGGCAGACGGACUGCGCUAAGAUGUUGGACGGCAUCAAGAUGGAGGAGCACGCCCUGCGCCCCGGGCCCGCCACUCUGGGGGUGCUGCUGGGCUCCGACUGCCCGCAUCCCGCCGUCUGCGAGGGCUGCCAGCGGCCCAUCUCCGACCGCUUCCUGAUGCGAGUCAACGAGUCGUCCUGGCACGAGGAGUGUUUGCAGUGCGCGGCGUGUCAGCAAGCCCUCACCACCAGCUGCUACUUCCGGGAUCGGAAACUGUACUGCAAACAAGACUACCAACAGCUCUUCGCAGCCAAGUGCAGCGGCUGCAUGGAGAAGAUCGCCCCCACCGAGUUUGUUAUGCGGGCGCUGGAGUGCGUGUACCACCUAGGCUGUUUCUGCUGCUGCGUGUGUGAGCGGCAGCUCCGAAAGGGCGACGAGUUUGUGCUCAAGGAGGGCCAGCUGCUGUGCAAGGGGGACUACGAGAAGGAGAAGGACCUGCUCAGCUCUGUGAGCCCCGAUGAGUCUGAUUCUGUGAAGAGCGAGGACGAAGAUGGGGACAUGAAGCCAGCUAAGGGUCAGGGCAGCCAGAGUAAGGGCAGUGGGGAUGACGGGAAGGACCCUCGGAGGCCCAAGCGACCGCGGACCAUCCUCACCACGCAGCAGCGAAGAGCCUUCAAAGCCUCCUUUGAGGUCUCCUCCAAGCCCUGCCGAAAGGUCCGGGAGACGCUGGCAGCAGAGACGGGCCUCAGCGUGCGUGUGGUCCAGGUCUGGUUUCAGAACCAAAGAGCAAAGAUGAAGAAGUUGGCGCGGCGGCACCAGCAGCAGCAAGAGCAGCAGAACUCCCAGCGGCUGGGCCAAGAGGUCCUGUCCAGUCGCAUGGAGGGCAUGAUGGCCUCCUACACACCCCUGGCCCCACCACAGCAGCAGAUCGUGGCCAUGGAGCAGAGUCCCUAUGGCAGCAGCGACCCCUUCCAGCAGGGCCUCACGCCACCCCAAAUGCCAGGUGACCACAUGAACCCCUAUGGGAAUGACUCCAUCUUCCAUGACAUCGACAGUGAUACCUCCUUAACCAGCCUCAGCGACUGCUUCCUGGGCUCCUCGGACGUGGGCUCCCUGCAGGCCCGCGUGGGGAACCCCAUCGACCGGCUCUACUCCAUGCAGAGCUCCUACUUCGCUUCCUGAGAGCCCGCUGGGCCGCACAGACGCUUGGGCGAGAGUCCUGGGGUGCACUGCGGCCGCAGAGGCCGGCCUCACCACCCCUGCCCACUGCCCGCACAGACUCUGCAGACAGCCAUAUGGUGCCCUCCCUGGGCCAGCCAGGUGGGCAGAUGGGCGCAGCCUGGGCAGGGGCUGUGUCCCACCCACAGGGACCCAGUCACCGGGACCCAGAGUUCUCGGACAGUCACUUGCCACCCAGCCCCACCUCGGCCUCCGCCGCCACCUUCUCCCUCCCCAACUCUUUUUUUGGGAACCUUAAAUUCUCUCUAUUUUUUUAAAUGUCCUCUCUGUGUGAAGCCAACCUCCAUGGGCUGGGCCUAGGCCCAGGCAGGAACCCGUGCAUGCUCCAAGACGAUGACGUGCACGCUGCCUCUUGCCUGCGAGAAGUGUGCGUGCCUGAGCCCCACGCUGGUGACCACCGCCCCCACCUCUGAGAGCAGGCCUGCCAGCUAGGCUCACCACCCCCAGGCCUAGAGCAGAAGUGGGGAACAGCCUGGCCGGGAUGCCAAGCGCACCACAGCUCUGGCUGAGGAGGGGAAGGGUAGCCACCGGGAAAGGGCAGACAGAGCCCAGGCAGACUCGAAGGGAUGGAGACACAUGUGCAAAAGCACACACACUCACAGGCACGCCCACACAGAUCCCCACACAGACAUGUAGAGACGCUGAGAGACAGAGAGGCCUUCUGCGGCCAGCCCUGCUGUGUUAGGAAGGGGAGAGGAGUUAGGCAGGGGCAGGGACUUCCUCUUUCUGCUGCAGUCAGAGGAACGCGGAGGAAGGGGAGGGGAUGGGGCUUGAAGCAGGCGGACCCAGAUAUGCCCUGGCCUCAGCCCAGACCGGUGCUGCCCGGGCAGGCGGGGCAGCCACAGGCCCAUCCGGCUCCAAGGGCAGAGACAGGGCCCACAGAACCAGGGAGAGCCAAGCCAAACGGCAGAACCUCUCUGUGAAGGGGGAUCCCGAAAGUCACCCACUCGGCACUUCAUCUGAUGUCCGGCUCCUGACCAAGCCACCUCUGCCUCUCCUCAAAUACCUCCAGGGACAGGGAGCCCGCAGUUUCCUCAGGCCCCACGUCACCUGCCCUUUUCUGCUGAUUUCACCUCUGCCUCUUUCAGUCCUUGCUUCUCAAAGCCAGGCUUGUCCAGUUUCUCUUAAAACUGCACCCCUAGCUGGUCUCCAGCUUCCUCUCUGAGGAUGUGGGGCAGAUACAACCCAAUCUUCCCAGUGACAUCAGCCAGCCAAAGUGAGCCGGCCCAUCACCUCCCCAACUUUAGGCACUCUGCCUCUGUUAAUAUAACCGAGAUGCAGUGAAUGGUUUAGGCCACAUACCUUGCAAACUCAACCUGUCUUUCUAUAACUGAACCCCCUGACUCCCACACCCCAUACCCCCACACACUGCAGUAAGCUGCAUCUCUCUUCCUGUGUGUGUAGGGGGAGGGGGCAUUUAUUGUGUAGACCCAGCGAAGGACAUUGACUUUUCUUGUUACAUUUCCCUUUAUUUGAUUGAGUACAGCCUGUGGAGUUCCUCUGUAUCCCAGCUCUGGGACCACCGGUCGGCUCUCCCUCCUGAGCAUAUCUGCCGAUGUGAGGAGUCAGCCCUGUCUCACCCAAGGUGUGCGGACCAUCAGGGCCUCUCCCUGUCUGGUCUUGGCCCCUUAACUAGACCUCCCUGGAGGAUGCACUCUAACCUCCCUUGCAGCCCUGUUUUGUCAAAUACCCUGCUGGAAGCCAGAUACACUACAUCACUCCUGCCCCAAACUGCUCUACUGUAACCCUGUCAAAAGAGGAAGUGAGGCCAGGGUGAGGGGCCCUGUCUCAGUGACCCCUCGCUGCGCCCUGGUGGCCGCUGUAUCCUCGGCCAGGUGCUCACUGCCCUGCCUUUAAUUCUCUCUGCCUUGGGGCCCUGCUGCCUGGCCCUCUCCGGGAUCCUCCAAGUUCCCCAGUGCUCUGUGGUUUUGCCUCUCUGUCCACGGUGGAGGCCUGAGGGCCUGGGCCGGUGUCCCCCCCACUCCUGGGCUCUUACGCUCAUGCUGGCAGGGGCAUGCGGAGAUGUGGCUCAGCAUCCACCCUCAUACCCAGCAGCCAGCCCGGCCCUCUGUGCUCUCCCCUUCCCAUACAACUUCUGCAAAGAUCUCAGCUGAUGUCCUUGGCACUGCUGCAGCCUCCACGCACCCCCAGGCUCCGUGCCAUCUCUCAGUCCUGUGCCACCCCCGGCCCCUUCAGCAGCUAUCUGGUUUCUUGAGAGAUGCUCCCUUCUUCCCUUUGUGCUCACGUAGUCCAAAUCGUGCUGGGGCACUUGGGGCAUCGUCAGGGAUUAGAUGUCCUGGUCCCCAGGGAGCCUGGCCCUUCUCUUCCAGACUCUAAGUUGGAAGGAACCUAGGAAUGCGCCAUCUAGUCCAUCACCUUUAUUUCACAGCUUGGAAACCUGGGCCAGGUGAGGGAGAGAACAGGGUGCCCUGCCAGUCCCUCCUCCUUCCAUCUGGUGAAAGCCCCCAAGGCCAGGGGGCAUGCCUUGUCCUAGUAAACUCUGGCUGGCCUCUCCCCACUCCAGGGCCUCACGACCUCCCAAGUCCAGCCCAGGCUCUACCCCCACCAUGCACUGCCCCCUGCCAGGUGCUGGUACAGGGACACCCACAUGCAUGACCCACAGAUUGUCAAAGCCAGAGGGACCUGAGAGGGCCUUUCGUGCCAGAGAUGCCCCGUCAGCCAUGGUUUGAGCGCCUCGGCUGUAUGCUGUGGCUCACUGCCCCCAGGCUGCCCCAGACACUGAUGUCCACUCUGCCUAGUGUCAGCCUGGGCAUGGGGACCCAAACAGACGAGGUGUAGGUCCCACCCUCGAGGGACUCUCACCUAGAAGGAGAGGCACACACACUCCAGCCCAGCUGUCCAGAUGUUGGUGGGCACCCAUUUCUCAGAUGAGGAACCGGAGGCUGAAAAAAGGGUGGCAAGCCUUCGGGGUCACCCGGCAGAAGGAUGCAGAGUCAGAGAGCCCCGCCAGGGUCUGAGUGAGCUGAGCCGAGCAGGCAUUUCCCACUUUGUGUGAGGGGCAGCACAGCCUUACCUGGGUGGGGCAGAGAGAGGCUGGGACACCCCCCCCCAUCAUGCGGCGUGGGGCCCUCGGCACUGUGGUGGCUGCGGUGGGCAGCCCACGAGAAGAGGCAGGUAACAGCCUGGUCCGGGGAAAGAGGCAGAAAGUGAGAGGUUGGAGAAAAGCCGCCCCCAUCACUGCUGGGGAGGUCGAGGCUUAGAGGGGAGGAAUCUGCCCCAGGUAACACAGGUGGCGAUGGGAGAAUGAGAAGAAGGGGGGCUCCUGCCCCCAGCCAGAGCCCCGUCUUCCUGCUCCAUGGAGCCUCAGGGAGGCCUCACAGACAGAGGGACACUGCACUUCCAAGGGUCAGACCACAGGGCCAGCAGCGCCCAUAAGGGAGGGGUCAGUGCAGGUGGGCCUCUUUGGGAGGCUUUCUGGAGGACGUGGAGGGGGGUUCCCCAAGGCAGGUGAGCAGGGCCCAGCAGUCAUGCCCCGCCACGGGGCUGGUGGCGGCCUCUCCUCUAGGGGCUCAGCUGCCCCCAGCAGUGAGGCUGCCUCAUCUACCGGCAUGCAGCCAACACCCCUCUUGCUUCACACACGCGGAGCCCCAGGGGCAGGCGAACUGGCUGACCCCUGCCUGGCUGCGGCUGAGCUCUGGGCACCCGCUCGGCCCAGGUUCACCUCCUGUCCGGGAGAGCCUGCGCGCUGGGGCUCACUCUGCCCUGUGGGGAAGACGGCUCACGCUCGCACGCAUGCACACACACACACACACACACUCACGCCCACACACAGAGAGGCUCACAGACCCACACUCCCAGGCACAUGAGGCCUGGGGGCUGGGGAAGCAGAAGGACACCCUCCAACACUUGGUCCUCAGAAGGUGCGGUUCCCGUGAGCCUCUUGGCUGGCGCCCCACCCUGACUGGGGUCCUGGGGGGCGCCCAGCCCAGCCAGGUGUGGGGACUGGGCCGCCGGCCAUUCCUGUUUUCCUUGUACAGACUCUCACUGCCCACCCGCCAUCCCCAGACACAUUUUAUUUAAUAACUUGUCAUUGUUAAAUUAUUUAUUAGCGUUUACCACAUCACCACCCCGACCCUGCCCUCCACUCUCACCUUCUGCCUCUUCCCACAAAAGCAGAAAAUGGAAACAAACAAACAAAAAAAAAGAUGAGACAUCAGUAUAUUUGUAAAUAAACCAACCUGUA